AUGAAGACGUUCAUGAUCUUUUCGAUCCUUGCUAUGGCUCUCGCUGUUUCGGCAGUGCCCCUCGACGAGCGCGACCCUACGGACACAGAUCCAGCACCCGGAGGUGGAUCGGGUAGAAGUGGAAAAUGUAAUGGUGGCCAGAAACAGGCGUGCUGCAACACCGGAUUGCCCGAUGUCUUGAUCUGUAACAUUCAAAUCUUGGGCUCCACUUGGAACCAAGAGAAGUAUUGCUGCUCGACCAGCGCUCCAGUCAUAAGUAUCCCUUUUACGCUUAGCCGUACACCAUGGUCCUUCUGA